AUCAGCUUUCCCGCUGCAUAUUGGUCGAAUUCAAUCCUCAAUUGAUCUGUACAUAGUCGGUGAUCGGAUCCAUGUUAUGUUAUUGGACAAGUCGAAAGAUGCUCAAUAUUCUGCAAAUAAUCAUUCUUCUUACACACAUGGCUGCACAUCCUUUGAUGUAUCUACCGUCCCAAUCGUGUGUAUCAGGUACUUCUAGAUCCAACGAAUGCAGAAGGUUCCCUAGAUUUUCUUUUAUUUAUUUUCUCUCUUCUUUAUUUCUUGCUCUCAGUACUCUCCUUAUGGACCGUUGUUUUAUACGCUUUCUAUUCCCAAAGACACAGUGGCACUACAUGGAUCCAUUAUGUUCUCCUCUGACAGUUCUUAAGCUAGCAUUCUUUCGAUGGUAGUGGACGAAACACAGAGUGUCACCAAAGAAGAAUUAUGUGGGAAGCACUGCUGGAAAACAAAGCGAAUCUAUCCGAUUGCCUCUCUGCUCAUAUAAGCCGCAAGUCUUGAAUCCGAUCAAGUGAUCUCACCGUUACCUACUUUUUAACCUUCAAUUUCCGUGUCAAAAUAGUACAUGCAGCUAUAUCUCAAUAUUGUUUCCGUUCGCAAGAACACACCGUCAGAUGUAGUACAGUAUUGUGCCCUGUUUUAUCCGACACACUCCGGUCAUUGAGGCAUUUUACAUGCAACAUCAAUUAUUGCAUGGAAAGGUUUUUAACCAAGUGGAAAACCAUGCAGGAUGAGAGCCUUUAAUAUACUUUUUAAUAUACUUGAACAGCGAAUGAACAGUCUGUUGACUGAUAACAACUACUAAGCAGAAACGCGAAAAGACAGAAACUGCAAGACAAUAUAACUAUUUAUGGUAAGGUCGAGUUCAGAGUUGGGGCAGCGGGGAGCCUCAAC